AUGAUAUUAAGAAGUUUGCGGUCAAAUCAUUUGAGAUAUGGUUUUAUUUGUGUCCAAAACCGAAGUUUCAAAUACAGACAAACCUCCCGAUCCUUCCUAUCAGACAAGGAUAGGGUCCGUGACUUCAUCGCACUGUUGGGCUCUCAUGAGAGACAAUACCUCUACGAAGAGUUGCAUCGAUUGCAGCAAAACGUAUCUCAACGAUGGCAGCGGCAGGUCUUGGAAACGCAUUGUCAGACAUUGCGGGCAUUGGAUCGGCCUAUUAUGUGGAACAGUUCGCAGCUAGGAUUGGUGUCAAAUCUCCAGAUCUGUCUUUAGCUCAGUUACAGAUGCCUCGCACGCGAUGGUCAAUACAGUUGGGCCGAGCCUUUGGUAUUACCAUUGGGUGUCUGUUAGGG